AGGGACGGAGGAGCAAAUAAGAAAAAAGACGUGACGAAAGGUUUAUCGCCUGAGACAUUACUCUCUUUCUCUUAGCACCUGCAAUGAGUGUCAUUGACAUCUAUCGGAGUCCUCUCAUUUGACUCUAGUAUCACCUUUACUAUGUAUUUCUCAACCCUGAAGGUGCUUGCUUGCUUGGCUUCUUUUGCUGUUGUGUCGGCCUUUACGUCGAAAAGCAUAGAGCAGUCUCGCCAUAAUGCAUCAUCAGAUGCAUGGUCUAACCUUCCAUUGAAAGCGUCAAUCCCAGUUGAGCGUGUACAACUCGAGUUCUCGCAGAAUGAAGUAUAUCAGAUGCACGAAAGUCUCAAACAUGCCCGAAUUAGCAAUCCUGAUGCUUACGAUAACGAGCAGCAGCAUUGGAUCGCGCUUGCGUCUGAAGGCUGGACCGAGAUUAAUGGGCCAUUUCUAGAAGUUGAAGUUAACCGCCACCCUCAGUUCAAUACGUCCGUGACUGUUGACGGUCAUGAUUCUAAUAUCCAUUUCAUGGCGUUGUUUUCGCAGCAACCAGAUGCUAUCCCCAUCGUCUUCUUACACGGAUGGCCUGGAAGUUUCCUUGAUUUUACAGGCCUUCUUGAUAUCGUGCGCCAGAAGUAUUCUUCUAAAGAUUGCCCGUUUCAUCUUAUUGUACCGUCUUUGCCUGGAUAUGCCUACUCUGCUGGCUCCCCCGUGACUAGACACGCAGAUAUGUUCGCCGUAGCUCGGACCAUUGAUGCAGUGCUCACCAGCAUUGGCCUGGAUAAUGGUUACAUUGCCCAAGGUGGCGGUAUGGGGGCCUAUGUUGCUAGGCUACUUGGGUCAUAUAGUCCCAGUUGCGAAGCUGUACAUGUCAACUCUCUCCCUCCUAUCUCCGGGUUACCCGACCCAAGUAACGAUACCGACCUUAGUGAGCAAGAUCUUGAGAUUCUUAACCGAACUUCACAUUUCAAGUCUCUCCAAAAGACAGAUAUUGCAGACCAUGGAAGCCAGGUCACUAUAGGAGUUGUUCCGAAGAAAGACCCAUUGUCAUUGUUGGCCUGGCUUAGUGACAAGUUCAACAAUUGGGUAGAUCCACAACACACUUUACCCAUGCAAACAACCUUGAUACACGCUUCGGUCUACUACCUAAUGGGAAUGACGACAAGUGAUUAUUACCAACUAUCCAGUCUGGAUGCUCCUGAUAACAUGAUCCCUUUUGUUCCGAAGCCAUUUGGCUACAGCCGCUUCCCAUAUGAUAUUAGCGGCAUCCCUAGGAAGUGGGCAGCGACACUGGGUGAUUUAGUAUGGUACAAUGCUCACGUUCAAGGUGGUCAUUUUGCUGCCAUGGAAGAAGCAGAGGAUCUAUGGAAUGACGUAGAACAUUUCGUUCGGACGGUCUUCCCAGAUGACCUUCCUUGAAACCAAGUCCAAACCAUCUUCCACGACUGUGCAGGGCAUUGCCAAUGAUUUUCAGAAUGCAAACGUGGGGUCCUUGUGGGGACUGUCGGGCAUAGUCCUAGUCCUAGAAACCGGGGAUUCGGCAAUGUUGUUAUCGAUGAGUACCGGCGUCUCGGAGUUACGGUCGGAAUUAAUUGUUGACCCUAUUCGAUUCAAAUGAUGUGGGAAUCAACUGAAAGGUCGACUGACG